UUGGAAAGUACGAGGCCCAAAGCUUUCCGGAAGGCGGGCCCGAAAAGAGCCUGGAGAUUCUCAAGGGUAAACGCAGGGAAAUUCGUCGGGCUGGACGCCGGGGAUCUCGAGUCGGUCCACGCUGCGGUGCGCGCCAUAGACGGCUCGGCAGACUAUGGCAUGAUCGGCGGCUCUGUGGCAUACGCCGUCACCAUAGCUGCCGCAGACUCGGCCGCAAGGGCGCACGACAUGCCCCUCUUCAGGCUGCUCUCAGGCGCCGACACGUUCUGGUUCCCCUACCCUCUGGGAAACAUACUGGGAGGAGGCGCGCAUGCGGGCCCCGGGACUCCGGACAUCCAGGAGAUCCUGAUCGCCGCAACGGGCGCAAAGUCCGUCCGGGAGGCGGUGGAGACAAACCUUGCCAUACACCGGGAGCUUGGGCGCGUCAUACUGGAGCGCGACCCGGGAUUCUCCGGCGGCAGGGGGGACGAGGGCGGAUGGGCCCCGGAGACGGACAACUACGGGGCGCUGGAGAUGGCAACCCGUGCAUGCGAGAGGCUGGGAUACACCCCCGGCAGGGAGGUCUCCCUGGGCGUGGACUUUGCGGCAUCCACGCAGUGGAACGGCAAUACAUACGACUACAGGAGGGGCGGCUUUGAGAACGACGUCGGAGAGCAGAUCGAGUUUGCCUCGGAUAUAAUAAAGAAGUACAAGCUGGCAUACGCAGAGGACGCAGUGCACGAGGAGGCGUUCGAGCAGAUGUCCGAGCUUGCCAGGAGGUUCCCCGGCGUCAUGAUAACCGGCGACGACCUCACGGUGACCAAUGCCACGAUACUGCAGAGGGCCAUAGACUGCGGCUCCUGCAACGCCGCCAUCCUGAAGGUGAACCAGGCAGGCAGCCUGCAGGAUGCCAUGGAGUUUGCCCGGCUGGCAGACCGGAACGGCAUAUCGCUGAUCACGUCCCACAGGUCCGGCGAGUCCACUGACAGCCAGAUCUCCCACAUCGGCAUAGCCACGGGAUCCAAGCUCCUCAAGAAUCAGAGAUCAAACAUGAGCCAGCAGCAGGAGUUUACUGAGAUAAGAAAGAGGAUCCUCACCACGGGCAUCAGGGUCGGCACACCGGUAAAGACCAAGUUCAUGAAGCCGUUCAUCACAAAGCCCGACCCCGACGGCCUCUACAUGCUGGAUCUCACCAUCACCCUGGACAGGAUCGGCAUCGCGGCGCGGUUCAUCAACAGGGUAGGCAUAGAGAACAUGAUAGUCUGCUCCGGAAGGAUAAACGCGACCACGCCCAUUGAAAAGUUCUGCGAGGUGACAGGCGCAAUGGCAAAGCUGGGCAGGUUCAUGCCCGGCACGCUGACCAACCCGUCACUCCCGUACUAUAUCGAGCCCAAGCUGGUGGUGAUAACGGAUCCGGCGGUGGACGGGCAGACGAUCACCGAGGCCACCAACGCGGGAAUCCCCAUCAUCGGGAUGUCAGACACCGACAACAUCACCUCAAAGAUCGACCUAGUGAUACCCGCAAACAACCGGGGCCGCAAGGCGCUGGCGGCGGUGUACUGGCUCUUGGCCCAGGAGAUCCUGAUGGAUCGCGGCGAUCUCAAGGCCGGCGAGUCCAUAAAGUACGACAUAGACGACUUUGAGACCAAGAGCACCGAAGAGGCAAUCGAGUAA